AUGUUGUUCUCUCUUCAAAACGCACUGGCAGUGACUAGUGUGCUCGUCGCGACCGCUGCGGCAGAUGGUUUCCAGGUUCGCCCUCGAGGAUCCCAGGGAACUCUUGUCGGUUGUUUCUCCGCCAUUCCCGACUAUGGUGCUUCGAAGAGCUGGACCUACCAAAGUUCUGGCUGGUGUUUGGACCGCUGCUAUGGCCAGAACAAGGCAGCCUUCGCUUUGACUGGAGGAUCCGACUGUGUCUGCGGUGACACGAUACCCCCUGAUAGCGACAAGGUCUCGAGCGACAAGUGCAGCAGAUCAUGCAGUGGAUGGCCCGAGGACAAGUGCGGUGGUAAUGGUUACUACUCCGUUUACACUACGAACUACGAGGACGAUGUCCCCACAUACUCCGAUUCAUCAAGCUCAACUACAACUACUGGAGGAUCGACCACCACCGCAACCGACGCGACUGCUGCGGUCUCUACUGCCGCUAGUGGUCAGACCACCAUCGUGACCUCUCACAGCUCGGCUACCCCGACCGCUGAAACAGCAGAUGAAAAGAAGGCUUCAAGCAGCAAGAACACAGCCGCCAUUGCCGCUGGAGUUGUUGUCGGAGUCGUCGGAUUUGCCGCUCUCUGCGGUGCCGGCUUCUUCUGGUGGCGAUCCAAGAACAACAAAGCCAAUGCUGGCAUGGGCGGCCACGGCGGUGGAUAUGGUCGUGACUCCAACCCACCUUCAAUGUCCGGAAACUCUCGCUUCGAUGGCGAUUACAUGGCCCAGCGCCGCCAGAGCAACGGCAGCAUUGAUGAUGAUCACGACUUUUCCCGUCGGAUCUUGCAGGUUACGAACCCGGAUCGCUAA